CUGAAGAGUAGAAUGAAUCGUGGUGCUGAGUGCUGAUACGGAGUCACUUUGACAAAGAAUGCCACCGCCACCAAAAAAGUGGCAUCGCCAAUUUCACAGCAGCCACAGCAACCCCUCCAUGGCUCCAUCUAUCGCAUGAUCUGUACAUGGUGACAUGUCCUGUAACUGUUUCACCAUCAACCAUCAUCAAUCAUCAAGUCACUUGUCGUCCCGUUUCCAUCUCCAAUUCCAAUCCCCCCCAAACGUUCCACAGUCCCCGAUACUCGGCUCUACUCCCACAAUCCCUUCCAAACUUCCCCGCUUAGCAUUCCGCUCCCAUCCAUCCGGACACACACGAUGCCUCGCUCAGUCGGACUCCACGCAUACGACACCGUCGACGACCUCGCCCAACGCCUCCGUGCCUACGUCCUCGACUCCCAAAACAGCGCCUUCAGCCGCCACGACGCCUUCCGCGUCGCCGUCUCGGGCGGCUCCCUCCCUAAGAUUCUCGCCCAGGCCCUCCUGACGCCAACAUCCCCCGCCUCCGAGGCCCCCUUCGAUUUCUCCAAAUGGCACAUCUUCUUCGCCGACGAGCGGGCUGUCCCCCUCGAUGACGCGGACAGCAACUACCGCCUCGUGAAGGAGGAGUUCCUUGACCGCAUCCCGGCAGCGCUGGGGACGCCGACGGUCUAUCCGAUCGACACGGCGCUCCUCGACGACAUCCCCGCGAUGGCCGACGCGUACGAGCAGACCCUCGUGAAGGUGUUCGCGGCGCGUGACAGCGUGCGGCUCCCGAUGUUCGAUCUGCUGCUGCUCGGCUGCGGCCCAGACGGGCACACAUGCAGCCUGUUCCCGGGGUCGCCGCUGCUGAAGGAGACGGAGGCGUGGGUGCUGUCGAUCGACGACUCACCGAAGCCGCCGCCGAAGCGCGUGACGUUUUCGCUGCCGGUGGCGUCCCAUGGGAUCAACAUCGCGUUCGUGGCAACGGGGGGCGGGAAGAAGGAGAUUUUAAGGGAGAUUUUCGAUACGGAGGAGGGGAAGAGGUUGCCGUGUGCGCAGAUUAAUGAGAUUGCGGGGGAGCGGGUGACAUGGUUUACGGAUUCGGCGGCGGUGGAGGGCGUGGAGUAUGCGAAGCGCAGUCACAGCGGGAGUUUGUAACUGGUCUCGAGGAAUCGGGUUUCACAGUGGUCGAAGUGUUUCUUCCCUGGAGUUUAGCAUGGCGUUCAAUAUGUGGAACAGUGAUCGGAUGCAGAUGAUUCGGAUAGAGGCUGGGUACAUGUCUUUAUGGUGGAUUCCCUGGCGGUUUAGUAGUACCAUAUAGAUAGACUUUCAACAUGAAUUCAGGGCGAAUGAAUACCUAUACUUUACUCCUCAGAGUCGCGAUUCGGUUCGUUUACAUCUCAGACUCCCA